AUGUUCCUAAAAACUAUACUAGCAUCUUCCCUCCUACUCCUUGUGAGUGGAGAGGAAAUCUGCUCCUGUUCUCCAGACAAAAUCCAGCAAGACAUCCAAGAUUUCCACCAAUUCCUACUCGGAUUACCAAGCAAAGUCGAAGACUAUAGCCUAUAUUCGGUUCUCCCUGGAGAACUAUCGCCACUGGUGCCCUGUGAGUGUGACAAAGAUAGGAAGAAGAGAGGCAUCGGCUUGAGAAGAACAGCUACUGGCUUGAGGAAGAAGUUCAAGAUUCUUCAUCACAUGUUCUCAAGAAAUGGAUGCCCGAUAGGCCAAAGACGAGCUGGGUUCAUAUGUGUUGACUUAUAG